AUGACUGUUGCAACUGAGGGCCGGGCAUGCUGUUAUAGCAGCGGUAAGACUCUCUUUGAGGAGUGGCUUAAGAGACGCCACGGCGUCCUCAUCUUCCACCUUACGCAGGUGCUUACCGGGCACAUCAGCUUCUGUAGGUUCCUGUUUCGGAUCCAGCGGGCGGAAACGACCAAGUGUCGUCAUUGUGAGGACCACCUAGAGGACACGGUGGAGCAUAUGGUGUUGGUGUGCCCUGCUUGGGCUGUGCUACGCCGUGUCCUCGUGGAAGUGAUCGGCGUCGGCGACCUCCCGCGCCCGGCCUUAGUCGAGGCCAUGGUCCGUACCGAGAGGAACUGGGAAGCCGUCUCCUCUUCUUGCGAAGCAGUGAUGCUCUCAAAGGAGGAGGCGGAGCGCGGGAGGGAACUAUCCUCCUCGCGCCCCAGCUGUAGCAGUAGGCGAAAUUCCGGACGUCGGGGAUCAAGAGAUGUCUCCGACCACCGUAAGCGCGGGUCUGCGGACGGCAAGUAA